UAGGCCCGCCCGCCUGCAUAUCAGGGCCUGGGCACGGCCUCACCCAGCCGCCCCUGACUGUGCGCGCCGCUGGCUCUUCCACGACCAUGGGGACCCUGGAGGCCCUUCUCCUGCUCAGCGCCCUGCUCCUGUCACCUGCAGAGGCCCAGCAGGCCACGCAGUACCACCUGAAGCCCUGGCUGGUGGGCCUGGCUGCCGUCGUGGGAUUCCUGUUCAUCGUCUUCGUCCUCAUGCUGGCCAACCGCGUCUGGUGCUCCAAAGUGAGAGCCCAGGACGAGGAGGACACCGGGUUCAGAAUGCGGCCCAACCCCUAUCAGGACGUGGGCGUGAGUGAAGAAGGCAAGAGGGAGAAGAUAGAGGAGAUAAAGGACAUGAAGGGCAGGAAGGCUGAGAAAGAAGGAGAGAGGAACUUGGGGCUGGAGCUGGAGGAGCAAGAGGAGCCCAGAGUUGAAGGGAAAGUCACGAACACAGCCAUGUGAAGACGCGACACCGCUUCCUCCAGGCAGCCACCCAGAGAUGCCCCCUCCACACCGUGUAAGCGAUGACCUGGACGUGAAGCCACCAUAGUAACUCCAUGCAGAGUGGAGAAUACUGGCCCCCGAAUGAAGAGGCCUGGGACUUGCCCUGCCCCUCGGGGCGGGGGGGCUCUCUGUGUGCUGCUUUGUGCACCCUCCUUCCCGAUUUGUCUGCCUAGUGAUUCCUCUCGCACUUGGAGCGCAUUCUGGGUUAUGGAGAAACCCCGAGCUCUCGCUGUGUCACGGCUCCCCCACUUCUACCCACGCCUGAUUUCUCUUCCCUCUCCCUAGUAUCUGUUGGCCAGAAGCUCCUCCGUCCUACUCAGCCUUGGGACCAACGUGGGGCAGGGGCUUCCUUUCGAAGACCUGCAUUAAAGAAUUAAUAAGAAUAAAUAAAAAAUUUAAAAAAGAA